CAACCCAAUCCGAAACGUCCAUUUAGAACCAACCUCAAAUAUACCACGCGACCCUACCCCAAAUAUCCCACCCGAACCAACCUCAAAUAUCCCACCCGAACCAACCCCAAAUAUCCCACCCGAACCAACCUCAAAUAUUCCACCCGAACCAACCCCAAAUAUCCCACCCGAACCAACCUCAAAUAUUCCACCCGAACCAACAUCAAAUGUUCCCCUCGAACCAGGUGCACAAAUUCCCACCAACUACAGUAGUAACACAGUCGUUUUCUGUCACUGCUAG